AGCGCCCUCCUCGCCUUCGCCUACCUCUCGACGCCCGGCCCCAAAAAGAAAAAAAAAGAGAGAAAAUUCUUCUCGGGGGGAAAGGUCGCGUGCCGUCUCGCCCACAGGCCGGCAGGCGAGACCUCAACCUUUAGGAACAGCGGAGGGAGUGACUCAGUGAAGGACACCGAAUCUGUCCCCGUGGUUGAUGAACAAACUUCGGUGGUCGCCGGCGGAUGUGGGGGUGAAGUUCAUCCUGUCGCCGCCGGGUACAAAGCCGCGGCGCGCGUGUCUGCUUGCUUGUGGCAGGGCUCUUCCAUCCCUCGCAUCACAUGCGAGCUCCGUGUCAAAUCAUGAAGCGAGUGAGAGAUGUUUGCUGAUACGGGAAGGUCUCUUGUGGCCCUUGCGUACGGGGUGGAUGAAGCGGCGAGCUUCCUUGCGGUGCUUGGCGUGGGUAGCCUUGAUUGUGGCCAGAGGUUUCGUGCUGACCAUGGCAAGGUCGAUUGCUUGGACGUGCGGAUGAAGCUGGUUCCCUGCCUUGCGCUGGUGCUACAUAUGCAAUCUGUGGAGCAACCAAAAAGGCCUUGGCUUCAUGCUAUGAUUGUCCCAUCUGUAGCAAUGGCACAGGAGAGCUGGAAACAGGAGUCUGAGGAGACUGGAGUCCAUGCGCCUGAGGCCCCAAUUCUGUGCAUAAACAACUGUGGUUUCUUCGGCAGCACCAUGACGAACAAUAUGUGCUCGAAGUGCUACAGGGACUUCAUUAAGUUGAUGGAAGCCCCUGUGGUUGAGAAGAAGGUGAUCACCGCGGCAUCUUCUUCUGCGGCACCAAUGGAGACAGCAAAGCAAGAUGAUGUGCCUGCAGCUGCUGCCACUGAAGCUGUGGCGGAGAAGCAAGCAGAGCAGGAGCCACCAAAGCCGCCCAGCAACCGGUGCCUGACCUGCCGCAAGAAGGUCGGGCUGACCGGCUUCCUCUGCCGCUGCGGUGGCACCUUCUGCUCCACGCACCGCUACACCGACUCCCACCAGUGCACCUUCGACUACAAGAAGGUGGCACGGGAGCAGAUUGCCAAGCAAAAUCCAGUUGUGAUGGCUGAGAAGAUCAACAAAAUAUGAUGCAUGGUCGUGUGAAGGGAUCUCCGAAUUCAUGCCUGGGUUCCCGAGUCCUCAAGUUCACUCCCGAUAGGUUCCUUCAGGUGGUGGUCUGGGUUAGCGUGGUAGGGAGUCUCAAUUGUGUCUAUCCUUCUCCUUUAUCAUGGUUUCAUUCUCUCGAUUGUGUAAUAAUGUAAAUAUAUUCAAACUGUAAUUUAAUCCUAUUGCUUCCUACGACGAUUGCCGGGUUUACUGCUGAUCAUGGCUUUCAAGUGGCGUCCAAUCUUGUGGUUA